AUGCGUUUUUCAUCAUCCGCGGUCGCUUCAGCGGCCCUGAUGGCCGGCGCAGCCAUCGCCGACCCCUUGACCGUCAUCACCCCGUGUCCUGGGCAAACCACCUCGAGCAUUCCUCCUAUCACGGUCACCGAACAAUACCAGCCCGUCUCGACUUGUGCCACCGAAUCCGCAUACUUCCGAGGUGCGUGGGUGACCAAGUACCCACUUGAGACAUACACCUAUGUCAGCACCACCAUCCCUGCCGCCUGGGAUGGCAGCGCGGCCACGCCCAGCGUUAUCACUGCCAUCGAUCAGGAGGUGAUUGUGUCUCAAUUCCAGACCACCAUCACCAAGACAGUCACACCCACCGUCUCGGUGACCAAGAACGGCACCAUCUUCUUGAUCCCCUCGCCCACUCCCAUUGCGCUCACCAUUGCCAAGGACUUCAGCUGUCCAUUUGAGGAGAUUGGUCCCCUUGCCAUCCCCGGCUACGGUGGCAGUGGUCUGAGUGAUGAGGGCAAGGUCCAGGCCGAUGGCAGCCGGUCGCAGGUUGUGGACGUCGUUGAAUGCCGUGCCGGUCCUGGAGGCUCCAAGUGCGUGGGUUAUGAGGAGACUUGGAUUUCCAAGCCUGCUCCCGCUGCAUCCAAGACGACUGUCGCUCCUGUUUCAACCCAGUUCGUCGCCCCGAGCGCUGGCUGGUUCACGUUUACCUUCACCCUGACUGCCCCCUCGCACGUCAUUACCGCUGAAACGGAGACCAUCACCGUGGCACCCAGCCCAUACUAUGCUCAUGCCAGCCACUUCUGCAAGAAUGCCUGGGAGGUUGUGGACUUCACGACCACCAUCACCAAGACCAUCUACUGGACUGUGCCAUUCAACCAUCAACCACCUGCCACUUACAGCCCUGUGCCUUUCCCCAGUGGUCAUGCCGGUUGGUCGCAUUUCCCCAAGCCAGGUCCCAACGACCCUAUCGACAACGGCGUCGGUGGUGAUCCGUUCGGCUGGGCUGACUGGGGCAGCGACGAUGUUACCAACCCUGGCCUUCCUCUCCCUGGUCAAUGGGCUGACUGGGCCACUGAGACUGUCACCCAGACCGUCACUGCCAGUGUCGGCCCUAUUGGCGCUUCUACCAGCUCGUCGGCCACCAGUGCCAGCAGCGCCUCCUCCGCCACCAGUGCCUCUUCUGCCAGCAGCGCCUCGUCUGCGAGCAGUGCUUCGUCUGCUAGCAGCGCCUCGUCUGCCAGCACCACCUCGAGCGACAAUGGAGUCGGUCCCAUUGGCGCUUCUACCAGCACCUCGCUCACUAGCGCCAGCAGCCUUUCAUCCACCAGCAGCAGCUUGACCAGUGAGAGCAGUGCCUCCUCCGCCAGCAGUGCUUCGUCUGCCAGCAGCGCAAGCAGUGCAUCCACCACCAGCAGUGCAAGCAGCGCCUCCGCCACCAGCAGCAGCUUGACCAGUGCGAGCAGCGCCUCCUCCACCAGCAGCAGCUUGAGCAGCGAGAGCAGUGCCUCCUCCACUAGCAGCACCUUGAGCUCGCUGUCGUCGGCUUCCAGCACUUCGUCUUCUGCCUCCAGCACCACCACCACCGGUGUUCCGGCCACCACGCCCUUCUACAUUACCUCCAACACGCCCACCAAGUACCGCAAGCGAGCUCUGGUGUACAUUGGCUUCGAGGGUGAAGAUGCUGUUCUCGUCAGCGACCGCACUGAGGCGGCUUUGUUCUACCUGGACACUGAUGGCUUCUUGCUGUCCGGUGGCCUGUACGUCCUGGCCGACUUCAGCCAGCCAUACAUUGCCUUCCAGUUGAGCGCCACCAAGCCGACCACCCUUUCUCCCUGGACCAUCAACGCCGAUGGGUCGCUUGAUCUCACGGUCACCAACCAAGGGUUCUGUGUGUCGACGUCCAGCUUCGUCUUCAUUCUGUUCUCCCAGUCGCCACCGUUCACCUGCACUCCCAUCUUGUUGGUCAUUCAAUCUCCCAACGUUGUCGUCACCUCCAGCACGACCACUACCGUGGCAGCUACCACCACCACUGAGGCUACCUCCACCACCACGUCUAUUGAUGUGUCGGGUGAUCUGGAUGCUGACCUGCCCGCUGCCACUGCUGUCCGCCGUGGUGUACAAUACGGUGCGCGCAAGUACUACCACCACCGCCACUAG